CGGUAUGCUAAAAGAAUAAAUCGACCUCUACUUAGAUCGUACAUAAAAAUUUAAGCAUAUAUAGUUCAUAUAUAGUCCAUGGCUGACCUUCAACAAAAACUUGAUGCUCUCAAGGGUCUUGUUGGUGUGCUUAAUAGCAUAGAAGAGGAUGAACCUCAAAAUGGAACGCCACCCAAUAAUCCCAAUGUCAAUGGUCCUGCUCCUAUGCCUGGAAGGAAUCGCUCUUUCGGAAAAUAUAACAACACUGGCAAUCAGAAGAUUAAGGGUCUGAGUAAUCAAACAGGCUUCACCAAAGGCAACGCUAAUGGAGCCAUCAACUUUGGCAGUUUAAAUGUGUAAGUCACUCCAAAGUCAAAAGGAAUAACACGAUGUAUGAAGCUGCAGUCAGUUCUUGAAAUACAUAAAUAAUCGUGUUACGUAUUUAGAAUAAGGGCUUUGCAGUUUGCGCGGCUCCAAUAUGUUCAGCUGUUUUAUUAUAUAUAUACGAGACAUCUUUUAUUAACAGAAACAAUAAUAUAUCAGCUUUGCUAAAUUUUCAUA